AUGGCAGGUGAUUAUGACAUCGCCCUCAUCUCCGAGCCAUACGUUGGCUCUGGAGAUCAGGUUAAAUCAGUGAUUGGAAUUGACACAUACCAGUUCUUCACGGGCAGCAGGAUUAAGGCUUGCAUCCUGGCAAAACCAGGAUGCGGGUCCAUCUUGGGAUUAUCUCAGUUUUCAACAUCCAACUUCUGCGUUAUCAAACUUACUACUGGAAAUCGCAAUAUUUAUAUUGCAUCUAUAUAUGUGGAACCAGGCAGGGACGAGCUAGCAACGCUCGAUAAAUUAGAUGUCUUUCUUAAAGACACAGGUGAUGUUCACAAGAUAGUGGGGGGUGAUCUCAAUGGGUGGCACCCAACUUGGGGAAGCGGGAAAACUAACUUACGGGGUAACGAAAUCAUAGAUAUUAUACAAAGCAAUGAUAUGUAUGUAUGUAACGUUGGCAACGUACCCACGUUUGAAACGGUCACCCACGGGCGAGAUCGCUAUUCAAUAAUCGAUCUCACAUUUGUUUCUGGCUCCAUCAUUGAUUACAUCUCGGAAUGGCGUGUUAAUUUGAAUAUCUGCCCAACUUCCCAGCAUAAUGCUAUAGACUACUGCAUUGAUUUCAACACAACCGACACAACACACACUCACCAGAACUCCACUUUUUUAUACAAAUCAAACAAAGCCUGUUGGCCUAUUUUUAAGGACAAACUGCACACUCACAUGACACUCACAAACAUACUUGAACAGGACAUUUCUAUCUUGAACGUUGAUGAUCUGGAUCAGGUCAUCUCCGAGCUCACUAAUGUGAUCCACUCUGCAUGCCGGGCAAGCAUGCAUGUUAAAGGCCGGGGAACAAAGCCGAAGGCUCCUUGGUGGACGGAGGAAUUGGAGACCAUCAAGCGGGAAGUGGUGGAUUUGCACCACCAGCUUCAUGCUGCUAAACGCCAAGGUUUGCCUUUGGACCAGAUUUUGGAGGCACGCAAAUCUAUAAAGGAACUUUACGCUAGCAAAAUGCGUGAUGAGUCGACCAGGCAUUUUCGUGAGUUCUGCGAGUUGCAAACUAAGGAAAAUGUCUGGUCACUCACAAAUAGGCUACUCAAAACUGCCACCCCUAGGCGCCCACCAGUUACCCUCAACAGAGACGGUACUUACACCCCCGAUAGCCAGGAGACUGCUAAGGCACUUUUGGACCAUUUUUACCCGGGUGACUCACCCGAAACCUUACCACGACAUCACGAAUUAAGAUCUGACAUGACCAACUCUCCUCAGUCCCAUUACGACCCUCCCUUCACUCAGGAGGAGGUGUUGGAGUGUUUAAGACAAAUGAAUCCCAAAAAGGCUCCCGGACUCGACAACUUAACAUCAGACAUAUGUUUACAGUUUGCGACAGACUAUCCUAGACUCUUGACUGACAUUCUUAACCGCUGUCUUGCACUCCAACACUUCCCUAACCAGUGGAAAACCGCUUUUGUCAAAAUUAUCCCGAAGCCGGGUAAGUCUGACUACAGCGCAUUAGAGUCAUUUCGUCCUAUUGGCCUGAUACCUGUGUUCGGCAAGCUGCUGGAAAAACUGUUCAUUAGAAGAGUCACAUACCAUGCACAACGAAAUAAUCUGUUAAACAAAUUUCAGUUCGGUUUCUGGGAACAGACCAACACGUGCGAAGCUAUAAACACUGCGCUCGAUAUAAUAAGACAAGCGAAAAGUAACAAGCAACUAAGUAUCGCUAUAUCUCUAGAUAUAAAAGCAGCCUUUGAUAACGCUUGGUGGCCGGCACUUUUCCACCGAUUGCGGCAUAUCCAAUGUCCUAAUAACAUCUUUGGACUCAUUCAGGAUUAUGUCCGCGAUCGUGAAGUCAUUCUCGACUUUGCAGGGGGGCGGGUCACCAAGACGAUGUCUAAGGGCUGCAUCCAAGGCUCCACGUGCGGCCCUGUUCUCUGGAACAUAAUAUUAGACGAAUUACUCGACACCAAGCUUCCAGCGGGUUGCCACAUACAGGCCUUUGCGGACGACGUCCUGCUGGUUGUUACGGCCGCGAGUGCGGGCAAACUGGAAAGCGCUGCCAACUUGGCUCUCCAUCACAUAAUCGAGUGGGGAAGAAGCGUCAAGUUGGCAUUCGGCCCUACCAAGACUAAGCUCAUUGCCUUCACUCCUAAGGCUAAGACAGCCAGCAUUAACAUCGACGGACACCGACUUUGUUUUGUUCCAGAGGUGAAACUUUUAGGAGUAAUCCUCCAUGAGAAAUUGAAUUUCGGUAAACAUGUGAAACACGUAGUUAACAGGGCCGUGCGGAUCUUCAACACGCUCUGCAUGUACUCGAGACCCACUUGGGGAGCCCAUCCUGAAAACAUCAGCACCAUCUACCAGCAGGUCAUCGUGCCAACGAUCACCUACGCUGCGGGAAUUUGGGGUCACGUCGCCCAGAAAAGAAACGCGCAACCAGCUCCGUACGUGUAA